AUGGUUGCCAACUUCUCCAAGAAAAGAAAGCUUGUUGCUGACGGUGUCUUCUACGCCGAGUUGAACGAAUUCUUCAGCAGAGAACUCCCAGAAGAGGGAUACGCCGGUGUCGAGGUUAGAAUCACCCCAACCAAGACCGAGGUCAUCAUCUCUGCCACCAACACCCAAAGAGUCCUUGGUGAGAAGGGUAGAAGAAUCAACGAGCUUACUUCUCUUGUCCAGAAGAGAUUCAAGUUUGCUCCAGGUACCAUCGUCUUGUUCGCCGAGAGAGUCCAGGACAGAGGUCUUUCCGCCGUUACUCAAUGUGAGUCGCUCCGGUACAAGUUGUUGAACGGUCUUGCUGUUAGAAGAGCCGCUUACGGUGUUAUCAGAUACGUGAUGGAGUCCGGUGCUAAGGGUGUCGAGGUCGUCAUCUCUGGUAAGUCCAAGGGUGCUAGAGCUAAGUCUAUGAAGUUCGGUGACGGUUUCAUGAUCCACUCUGGUCAACCAGUCAUUGACUUCAUUGAUGUUGCUACCAGACACGUUUUGCUUAGACAAGGUAUUUUGGGUAUCAAGGUCAAGAUUAUGAAGGACCCAGCUACCAACAGAAAGGGACCAAAGGCUCUUCCUGACUCCGUUGUUAUCUACGAGCCAAAGGAGGACCAGCCUGUUGCUGAGCCUUACGUUAACGACUUCAAGCCUGUUGAGGAUGCUCAGGCCGAGGCUGUCCAGGCUUAA